AUGGCAUCGCACAGGCCAACCCUGAGCGACGACUAUUCCGAUGUGUCGAGCGACGCGUCGGACGUGUCGUCCAUCAACGAGUUGCCUGCAACUGGGGUUCCGCUUCGGUACCCUUCCCCGGAGGACCUUGCGCUCGAAGGUGUGGCGUAUGGCCAGUUGACCUUCCCACCACGGAUAGCCCCACAGGGGUUUUUGCCACCCACACUGCCACCUCCAUCAGUGUACCCAGUGCCUGCUAAUCUUGCCCCUCAAGAGGAUUCCGGGGUACAGUAUGGCAAAGGGGACAUAGAAACUGGUCGACCUGCACACACGCAGGUAGUUAUCCCUCGUUUGCCAUUGGACACCUUGAACCGCCCUGGGAAAGGGCCGUUGUACCAAAAGGACGCAAAGGUGCCAGGGCCCAACAGAUAUUUAACUGGCUUUAUGGACAAGGUUGCAAGGACUGGCUUCCUUCGAAGGGUUCUGUGGAUCGUCACUUUGCAGAUGGCGAUCACCAGCGCCCUCUGUGCACUGCUUCUCUUUGUUGGAUCGGCUCAGGAAUUCUUGGCCGGAAACACGUGGAUCAUUUGGCUUUCCUGGAUGGCGAUGACUGGCCUCAUUGUAUGGGGGAAGUGCACAUUCAACAGAAUGCGCAGGGCCCCCAACAAUUUAAUCUUCUUGGUUGUGCUGACUGCUCUUUUGGCCUCUAGCGUCAGCAUGGUGGUUGGCCGGUUUGGGAGCGAAUCUCUGUUUUUGUCUGUCAUCGUGGCCUUUUCCCUUGUGUUCUUCCUGGCUUCCAUCACCAGCAUGACACAGGUGGACGUCACCAAGUGGGUGCACAUCCUUAUGGCCACGUUCGUGUUUGUCUUCAGUGCCACAGUCGUCGGGGCGGUUUGGCUGAACGCGGUGCUCGGCAUCGUGAUAGCAGCCACAGGUGGCAUGGCCUUCGCUAUGUAUGUGGUUUUCGAUGUGCAGUCACUGCUGGCAGACACGGACAAGUGUCUGGACCCCGAUGAGUGCAUCGUGGGCGCUUCUUCCAUCUACCUGGACAUUGGGGGCGCCUUGACAGGCUGUUUGUCGAUAUUCAGGAAGGCCAGGAAAUAA